AUGCACACUGGGAGGCAGGCCCUGCCACUCGCAGCAGCAGCAUGGAUGCUACUCCAUGGUGCGAUAGCAGCUCCCAAACCCGGCGGUCUGGGCCAUCUACCACCUCCGGAGGCCUUGAGAUCGGCAGGUCUAGCUAGUGCAGCUUUGUCUUCAUCUUUAGCUGCGAUUAUGGAAUCUGGAAUUCCUCCUGCAACCCAUACAGUGACUGUAUCAUUUGGAGGAACUGCUACUGAAUCACUUCCAACCCCAGCGCCACCUGGAGGUGCUACUCAUUCACCCAUAACCACAGCACCAACAGGAGGAACUGCGCCGCCAGGAGGAGCUGCUGAAUCACCCAUAACCACAGUGCCACCUGGAGGAACUGUGCCACCUGGAGGUGCUACUCAUUCACCCAUAACCACAGCGCCAACAGGAGGGGCUGCUACUGGGUCACGCCCAGGUACUUCUUCGGCCGGAGGAAUUGCUUCAACUGUUCCCCCAGUGUCUUCCCCAACCGGUGGAGGUGUCCCUACCUCUGAGGGACCAGGAUUCUCUCCUGCUGGGGGUGGUGUGCCUGCCAGUGCAUCAAACCCUUUCACAGCCUUCGUGCCUCCAUCCGAGUCUCCAGUUGCGCCUAAGGUCGGGACGCAAGCCUGUCCACCAUGUCCCACUCCUGCUGCACCAACCUGCGCACCCUGUCCUGCUCCUGGCACAAGUACUACUACUUUCACCGUCACCAUUACUGAGACAGUUUGCACUGGUCAGGUUACUCAAGGAGGGGGUGGCUCCACUGCAUCUCCAGGUGUUCCCGCCAUUUCACCUCUAUUCUCUGCAACGGGUCCUGGAGCCCUAACUUCGACAGCCGCAGGGCCAGGCGGUCCACAAGGUCCAACCGCGACAGAAACACAUCUUUCGAGUGCCCCUCACGCCCCCGGCGGAGCGGCAGGCGCAACCGCUGGACCCUCAACUCAGCCAACAACUUCGGCGACUGGGGUUCCCAGUGUACCACAAAUUCCCGGAGGUGGAGGUGGAGGCGCAGCCGCAGGACCUGCAACAAGUCUUCCGGUGACUUCAGCUACCGGGGUUCCUAACAUCCCUCACGGUCCUGGAGGAGGCCCAAGUGGAUUCCCCAACACUACUUCAAGCCAAGUUGUAGCUACGACCACAGAAACCAUUGUUUCAACUGUUCCCCUGUCUACUCACGGGGGUGGAGCCGCAACAUCCGGUGCUGUUCAAACUUCCAGGCUUUCUGUGACUACAGGAAUCAGUUUCGCAAACGUCACACGCACUCCCAGUGGCGGACAGACUGGGUUGCCCAGUGUGACUUUAACCCCUGCCAUACCCACUGGCCCUGGUAUCUCUAACGUUACUGGUACUGUUGGGGGAGGCGUGUCAGUCUCAACUCCUACUAGCGCUACGAUCUCUGCCACACCAACCAGACCAGGCGGAACAGCACCACCAGGCGGAGGUGUGCCCAUUUCAACUCCUAUUAUUGCUACAAGCCCGGCUACACCGACCAGACCAGGUACUGUCUCAACUCCUAUUAUUGCUACAAGCUUUGCCACGCCGAGCGGACCUGAAGUGGCACCACCAGCUGGAACAGUAGUACCAGGAACAGCAGCAACACCAAGUGGAAUAGUGGCACCUGGCGGAGGAGUAGCAGGUGGUGGAACAGCAGCACCACGUGAAGGAGUAGCAUCUCGUGGAGCACCAGCACCAGGGGGAGCAGCACCAGGUGGUGGAGUGCCAACAGUUGUGAUAUCUGGCGGAAGUACCACUGCCAUCUCUACUACUACCAUCCAAGUCCAAACGUUAUCUGUUCUUCCUAGCCGCCCUCCCCUUCCGCAAUCCCAGGGGAAUACGGCUACACGUCCGGUAACCACGAGCACAGUGACCGGAGUAAGGCCACCGCAGUCCACUCCCGCUAUUGAUCCAAAGAAGCGGACAGUGGCAGAAAAGACAGACAUCGGCCGGCCUGAUAAGCUCAAGGCAAAUCCUAUUGUGUUCCGGCGUCGGACUUGA